AUGAACAACACCGAGGAGGAGCAACGUGAGAUAACCGAGGCCGCUCUAAUCCUGCUGUCUAUGGCGGACGCUGUAUGGGACUCACCUCAUAUCCACACCUCCGAUGAUGAGGCUCAUACACCCCAGACACUUGUCGACUACGAUAUGACAGAGGCCGCGGAGAGUCUGUUGUUAUUGUCGACUACCGCUCACGUCGCAUGUGCUAAUGAUCAGAUGAGCUCUGGCUUGCUCUCCACCCAGUCUAUAGAAGACGGCGAUAUCCCUGGACAUACUUCGACAUCGCCUGCUUCUGCUGCCCCUGAUAUUGCUCCUGAUGCUUCUGAUACUCCUGAUACGGCUUCCUCUUUCGCUUCUGUCUCGAUUCCUGUCAGCGAUCCCCAGUGGGCUGGACUGACUGCUGACUAG